UUCACACUGAAAUAGAAAUGGAAUUUAGACGGCUAAGAUAGAAUUCCAGAAAAAAAAAGAAUGAAAUCUAGGAUCCUCAUCUACUGAUAAGAGCGCUGAUGUAAAGUUAGCCAGAUAAAAGUGGAAUAUAAUGAAGAAACACAGUACUAAGGAGAUGGUGAUGAAUAGUGUUUGCAUGCGGCAUACAUGUAGAAUCAAUUUCUCAUAUUCUUUAAAAAAAUUUAGCAUGGAAUAAACAUAGACAAGGUGACAAUAAAUCUCAGCAGUAAUUUGAUUCAAAAGAAUUUGGGAAAUCAGAACAUUCCUCAAGAAGACUACACCCAUAAUAUUUAUAAAAUUUCCAGAUGAUUAAAUAUUGUGUUUAUCGAUUUGUCAAGAUGUCUUUAAACCGUAGAAAGAAGACUGUGAUAUCAACACUUUGCUUUGGAGUGCUUGUAUACUUAGUUGUACAAGUCACUUACUUCCAACAAGAAUUUAGUCCUUUAAAAGUAUUAGCCAGUGCUGAAAGUGAGGCACACCGACUUUUAAAAUUUAUAACACAUUAUCAUUAUCAGUGUGAUAAUUCACUAUAUACGGGAAACUCCUCAGCAUGGAGAAUUUGUAUAGACACCAAUAUAGGUAUUAAUGCAGAUUCAAAUAUUACCAAGCUCUCUUAUUCAUUAGGGGCAGAGUGGGAUUUUAGUUUUGAAGAUAUUUUAUCUAGGAACCUAUCUUUUCAAGAAUAUAUUUUCCUGCAUAAAUCAGUGCCUCCACUCUUAAAUAGAAUAAAUGGAACUCAUAUUUAUAAAACUAUAAUAGUGCCAAAUGAUCCUGCUGAUUUUGGUCGCAACUCGUUUGAUACACAAACUCUUAAUAAUGUAAUGGAUAAUUUACACCAUGACAAGAUAGACAUCUUGAAAAUAGAAUCCUUAUUUGACAUGACAGAAUCUCAUGAACUUUUAUUUUAUCUUGUGAAAGAUGAGAUAUUAUCUAAAGUGAAACAGUUACAUAUUCUCAUAGACAUAGAUAAAAUAGAUGAUGAUUAUCUGUAUCACUGGUACCGUACAUUAUAUAUAGUAUUUCAUGAAGGUGGUUUUAGAUUAUAUCAUACUGGAGCAUCAGAUCCUUUAUGUUUACAAGUUACUAUGAUGGAAUCUUGUAGAUAUUAUUUAUCAUUUGUUCAUAAUCCUGGUCCAUCUGUUCCAGUCAUGUUCCCUCCUUCCAUAGAUGGGUCAUAUGAUUUUGAAGAAGAGAGAAUAUUAGAUUAUGUAGAAGAUAAAACACAAGAAUGUGAUGAACCAUAUCCAUUCCCUAAUUCUGAGUCAUCACACUUUGAUCUGUGUGGAUUUUUAUUAAGAAAAACAUCUCAUAGAAAAUGUAAAAUAUUUAUCUUCAGAUCAGCAUAUCUCAACUUACAACCAAAUCCUGAGUUUGGGAAGUGUGAAAUCAUCUCCUUUGUGCCAAAAAAGGAUCACUCUUCCAGUAUACCAAAGUUUAUAGUCAUCAGGCAAACUUCCCCUGCUUCCAAGCUUAUUGAUCUAUCGGAUAUCAUUGCUAAUUAUUUGAAACCUGGUGAAGUUAAUGUUGUGUAUAUUAGUAGAGCUGAUAUAUUUUGGUCUAUUAUAUCACCUAUGUUAAAUACUGGUGUAUUACAGAUUGUAGAUCACCUGACAGCGGAUGUAGAUGUACUCAAAUCUACUAACAAUAAUCCAUUAAUUCUACGCCAUAGGUACAGUGAGCUCAAGAGAAUAGAAGCAUUCAACUUUCACCUUAAUCAAAUUGAGAGGCUCAGUGAAACUAAGUUAUACUAUCAGAGUUCCAGCAGUUAUCUCCUACGCAUCAGUUAUACUCGCAAAACUAUAUAAUCUGUGAUAAAAACUAUAUAAUCUGUGACAAACUAUAUAAUCUUUGACACAACAUAUAGUCUGUGACACAAACUGUAUAAUCUGUGACACAAACUGUAUAAUCUGUGACACAAACUGUACAAUCUGUGGCACAAACUGUAUAAUCUUUGACACAAACUGUAUAAUCUGUGACACAAACUGUUUAAUCCAUGACACAAACUAUAUAAUCUGUGACACAAACUAUAUAAUCUGCGACACAAACUGUAGUUGUAUUCAUUAGAAAUGAAUGAAGAUGUUUUACAUAAAUUAAAGGUUUACAGUAUAAUACUCUAGAAUAUAUGUUUUAAUACUAAAGGUCAGAGUUUUUGAGGUAUAGUUUUUAAACCGACUGGAAUUGUAUGCAUUCUAUCAAAAGUCAGACUUUCCCAUAAAUUGUGUGAUUAGUUAUUGCCCCUGACCCUGGGAAUUUAAUUGUCUGGUACACAAUGUUUGCAUUUAGUUCUUCUGCAAUUCUGGAUAUAACACUGCCUUAUAAUUUAAACAUUAAAAGUAUUUCCUAUAUAUAUUGUACACCCUACAUAGAGAACAGAAAUUAUCUAGAUUAGAACAAUAAACCACAGUUACCUCUUAUGUUUUACAUUAUAAACUACCACAUAGGUGAAUGGUAUGUUAAUUCACAAAGAAUAUAAAGCCAUGUCACUAGAUACUUUUAAUAUGUUAUAUUGUACCUUAUUUAUUGUCCCACAUCUUUCGAAGAAAGCAGGGGACUAUUAAAAUGGGUCUGUCCGUCCGGAUGUCCACUUGUCUGUCACACUUUUUGGGACACAAUAACUCUCCUUAUUGAACUAGAAUGUUCAAACUUAGUGUAGGUGUUUAUUAGGUCAAUGCCUUGAUGGAGUUCGAAGAUGAGCAUUUUCUGCUUAGGGUAAGUAGUGAUAAGCAAUUUGAUUGGCUGAUACUUUGGGACACGAUAACUUUAGUUCUAAUUAAGUGAGAUUGAUGAAACUUGGUGUAUAGUUUUAUCACAUCAAUACCUUGACUAAGUUCAAUAAUGGGCACUUUCUGCUCGGGGUAAGCAGAGGGAUAAGCAAUUUGAUUGGCCAAGACUUUGGAACACAGUAACUCUCCUUCUAAUUGAGGUAGAAUGUUCAAAUUUGGUGUAGGUGUUCAUUAGGUGAAUGCCUUGAUCUAGUUCGAUGAUAAACAUUGUUUGCUUUCGGUAAGCAGAGAUAAGCAAUCUGAUUGAUUGAUGCUUUGGGGCACGAUAACUUUGGUUAUAAUUAAGUCAGAGUAAGUUCGAUGAUGAGAAUUUUCUGCUUAGUCUAAGGAAAGGUAAGCAAUUUGAUUUGUCAAGACUUUGGAACAUAACAACUCUCCUUUUAAAUGAGGUAGAAUGUUUAAACAGAGCUAAGCAAUUUCAUUGGUCAAUGCUUUAGGACAAGAUAACUUUGAUUCUGUCUGAUUGCAUUGAAAAAAAAAUAUAUGUGCAAUAAAUUAAAACGUUUCAUCUAUUUAUUUUGGGAUUUGGGCGGGGGACACCAGCCUCACUGUUGGCUUGUUAUUCUAGUCUCAAGUCUGUCUCUUUCAUUACAAACAUUUUUGUAACAGGGAAAAUAAGAAGUAUGUGUAAUUUAGUAGAAUCAUUCUUAUUGCUCAAUCCUAGCAAAUUUUAAAAUCCCUUUUAGGCUAUAACAGUAGGGUGACCCACCAUAAAUAAAUAUCUCCAUAUAUCUCGACAAUUACGCCACAAUAUUUAUAUAUAUGCCAAGCCUCAAAUCAGUUUCACACAAUUAUAGUCACUAAAUAAACGAUCAUGUUGUACUUAAUAAGCUAUGACCAUUAAUCAUGUAUAAAUAAUAGACUGAAAACUGGUUCCAAGAGUCGUCCAUAACAUCCAGACACUUUUGAGUAAAAGAUAGGUUACGUGCCCUUGUUUUGAAAUUAGUCUCGCUUAACCAGUCUAUCGACCAUUCUACGUCUGAUUGACAGGUUGGGAUAAUCAAGACUACUUUUUUACGAAACGUAACAGAAAGCUAGAACAAGAAAUUGAAUUUAGAAAUAAGCACGUUAGGUAGCUCAACAAUCGUUUUAAGAAGCUUGUAAAAGUAAAAUGAAACUACUGCUAGUAUCAUGUUCCUGCCUAACCCGAGUGAUUCAGAGAUAUUAUUUGUACUAAACCAAAAGAUGCCGCUCUUAACGGUACAGUUAAUGAUAAAGCGAUUUAAAAAAUGAAACGAACGUAAUUUCUAAAUCUGCUGUAAUAACCAAGAAGCUUAAUUUAACUGCUAUUCAAAAUCGUCAACAAUAAAUUUUUUACGGCUGUAAUAGUUGAUAGAUUUGUAGAGAAUUGCACGUGCCAUGGCUAUUUAUAGUAUCAUACUGUCAGAAAGUUGGUCUCGGCACGGCGAAUAUGCACGCUUCAGUGGUGGUCUCGAACUAUCAGCGGUGGACUGUAUUUCUGUGAGUACAUGGGUCACCCUAAUAACAGAUGAACAAAUAUAUUUAUUGAAAAUGGCAUUUUAUAUCUUCAUCUGGUUAAAUACUCAAAUUGUUUUUAUACGCCCACAUUGAAAUGUGGUCGUAUAUUGUCGUCGCCCCCGUCCGUCCGGCGGUCCAGCGUCCACAAUUGCUUGUGGACGCUCUAGAGGUCAAAGUUAAUAUCCGAUUGACUUCAAAUUUAUACACAGUGUUUAAGGUCAUGAGACAAAGAAGCCUAUUUAUUUUCACCGAUUUAAGGUCAUGAGAUGAAGAAGCCUAUUGAUUUUCAGUGAUUUCCAAUAAAUACUGCCAGAGUUAUGGCCCUUGAUCACUUUGAAAAAUCUUGUGGACGCUCUAGAGGCUAAAGUUAAUAUCCGAUUGACUUUAAAUUUAUGCACAGUGUUUUAAGGUCAUGAGACAAAUAAGCCUAUUGAUUUCCGAUAAUUACUGCCAGAGUUAUGGCCCUUGAUCACUUUGAAAAAUCUUGUGGACACUCUAGAGGCUAAAGUUAAUAUCCGAUUGACUUUAAAUUUAUGCACAGUGUUUAAGGUCAUGAGACACAGAAGCCUAUUGAUUUUCAGCGAUUUCCGAUAAUUACUGCCAGAGUUAUGGCCCUUGAUCACUUUGAAAAAUCUUGUGGACGCUCUAGAGGCUAAAGUUAAUAUCCAAUUGACUUUAAAUUUAUACACAGUGUUUAAGGUCAUGAGACGAAGAAGCUUAUUGAUUUUCAGUGAUUUCCGAUAAUUACUGCCAGAGUUAUGGCCCUUGAUCACUUUGAAAAAUCUUGUGGACGCUCUAGAGGCUAAAGUUAAUAUCCGAUUGACUUUAAAUUUAUACACAGUGUUUAAGGUCAUGAGACGAAGAAGUCUAUUGAUUUUCAGCGAUUUCCAGUAAUUACUGCCAGAGUUAUGACCCUUGAUCACUUUGAAAUAUCUUGUGGACGCUGUAGAGGCUAAAAUUAUUAUCCGAUUGACUUUAAAUUUUGCACAGUGUUUGAGGUCAUGAGAUGAAAAAUCAUAUUGAUUUCCAACGAUUUCGGAUAAUUACUGCCAGAGUUAUGGCCCUUGAUCACUUUGAAAAAUCUUGUGACGCUCUAGAGGCUAAAGUUAUCAUCCGAUUGACUUUAGAUUGGUACACAGAGUUUAAGGUCUUGAGACGAACAAGUAUAUUGAAUUUCAAUGAAUCUUUAUGACUUGAACAGCUAAAGCCAUGAUGUUAAAAGUUUUGUAAACUAAACAUUAGCAUGGGACAGAACUUUAUAAAAACCAAACAAAUUCUAAUGGUUUUCUGAUAAUUACUAAAUGAGUUGUUGCUCUUAGUCAGAUUUUAAUGUGUUAUAAAUGUUUCAUUACCGAAAAAAGUAAAAAUAUGCGACAACUCUUGUUGACUGCCCGGACGAUAUAGCUGCUGUGGGCGUAUGUUUCAUUGCCUGGCAACCUAUCUUUUGUUUUGAGGCUACUAGCUUUUAAAAAGAAGUGGAAAAAAUGGUGUCUCCUUACAUAGCAUUUCAGGGAAAGAACUAUGAAGCUACCUUUUCAGUUUGCUACCUGAUGAAAUGUAUAAUCUAAACAAGCCUCUUAACAUAUUUUGAGUCAUUUGUUCAUAAUCCUGGUCCUUUUAAGUCAUACAUUUGUCUGGUAUCUGGAACAUAGACGACAAAUAAAUUAUGGCGCACAUGGUUACAGUGUUGAGGUCACUGAGAAAGUUGUCCAACCAUGGUGACACGAUGGUAACUUUCUGCGAUAUUUCACAGAAGAGUUAACAUAAUUCAUUUAUAUUCAGACUCUGUGAAAUAUUUACAUUAUUAAAUAUUUAUAUUUUCAUUUUAUAUUGUGAAUUAAUUUUGAUUGAAUUAUAAGUGAAUUUUAGCUUUAAGUUAAAUUAAAGUAUUUUAGACCUAUAGGUUUUUAUACGCCCACAUAAAAAAUGUGGACGUAUAUAUUGCCGUCGCCCCCGUCCGUCCGUUCUUGUGAACGCUCUAACGCCAAAAGUUAUCAUCCAAUUGUUUUAAAAUUGAUAUAUAUUGUUUACAUUAGCGAGAUGAAGAAUCCUAGUUAAUUUCAAUAAUUUCCGUUUAUAAGUCUAGAGUUAUAGCCUUUGUUUCACUUUGUUGAACCUUGUCAAAAGUUAACAUCCGAUCUUUGUGAAAUUUAUAUGCAAUAUUUAAAUUAGGGAAACGAAGAAGCCUUUUGAAUUUCAGCAAUUUCCAUUUAUUACUUCUAGAGUUAUGGCCCUUGUUUCACUUUGUUUAACCUUGUGAAUGCUCUAACCCCAAAAGUUAUCAUCCUAUCUUUCUGAAAUUUAUAUGAAUAAUUUAAAUUAGUGAACCGAGAAGCCUAUUGAAUUUCAUUAAUUUCUGUGUAUUACGUCUAGAGUUAUGGCCCUUGUUUCACUUUAUUGAAUCUUGUGAACGCUCUAACCCCAAAAGUUAUCAUCCUAUCUUUCUGAAAUGUAUAUGCAUUAUUUAGAUUAGUGAAACGAAGAAGCCUAUUGAAUUUCAGCAAUUUCUGUGUAUUACGUCUAGAGUUAUGGCCCUUGUUCACUUUAUCAAACCUUGUGAAUGCUCUAAUGCCAAAAGUUAUCAUCCAAUCUUUCUGAAAUUUAUAUGCAUUAUUUAAAUUAGUGAAACGAAGAAGCUUAUUGAAUUUCAGCAAUUUCUGUUUAUUAUGGCCUUUGUUUGACUUUAUUGAAUCUUGUGAACGCUCUAACAUCAAAAGUUAUCCGCCAACCUGUAUGAAAUUUAAAUGCGUCAUUUAAAUUAGUAAGGAGAAGAAUCCUAUUGAAUUUCAGCAAAUUCCAUUUAUUACUUCUAGAGUUAUUGCCCUUGUUUCACUUUGUUCACUUUGUUCACUUUGUUCAACCUUGUUAAUGCUCAAUUGAUGAAAGUUAGCAUCCGAUAUUAUGAAAUUUAUAUGCAUCAUUUAAAUUUGUGAAACGAAAAAACCUGUCAAAUUUCAACAAUUUCGGUAGAUUACUUCCAGAGUUGAAACCCUUGUUUCAAUUUGUAGAACCUUGUGAACCCACAAACGGCAAAAAUUAUAAUCUGAUCUGUAUGGAACUGUCUUGUAAAGGCCCCCAGUUACCUACAAAGGAAUAAAUAUGUGACAACCCUUGUCGACCGCUCAGACGAUUUAGCUGCUGUGGGCGUAUGUUUUGUUGCCUGGCAACCUAUCUUUUAAAUAUAUAUUAGAUGUAUAUUUUUAAAUCAAGUUUUUUUAAGCAUGUAAAUGUUUGAUUAUUUAUCUAAUUAUUAUUAUAGAAAUUUUUUACAUAAUAUUUAUUGUAGUGUAUAGUCAGAUAUUGUAAUUAGAGCUGAGCUGUCUUCAGAAAAAUAUUGCCGUUUUGAUUUUUAUACGCCCACAUGGAAAUGUGGUCAUAUAUUGCCGUCGCCCCCUUCCGUCCGUCGUCCACAAUUUCUUGUGAACACUCUACAGACUACAUUUAUCAUCUGAUUGUUUUGAAAUUGAUAUAUGUUGUUUGCAUUAGUGAGAUGAAGAAGCCUAUUUAAUUUCAAUAACUUCCGUUAAUUUCGUCUGGAGUUAUGGCCCUUAUUUCACUUUGUUGCACCUUGUGAACACUCUAACGACAAAAGUUAUCAACCGAUCUGUAUGAAAUUUAUAUGCAUCAUUUAAAUUAGAAAAACAAAGAAGCCUAUUGAAUUUCAGCAAUUUCCGUUAAUUACAUCUAGAGUUAUGGCCCUUGUUUCACUUUGUUGAAUCUUGUGAACGCUCUAAUGACAACAGUUAUCAUCCGAUCUGUUUGAAAUUGACACGCAUCAUUUAAAUUAGUGAAACGAAGAAUCCUAUUGAAUUUCAGCAAUUUCCUUUAAUUACGCCGUGAGUAAUGGCCCUUGUUUCACUUUGUUGUACCUUGUUUAUCCUCUAACGACAAAAGUUAUUAUCCGAUCUGUAUGAAAUUUAUAUGCAUCAUUAAGAUUAGUAAAACAAAGAAGCUUAUUGAAUUUUAGCAAUUUCCGUUAAUUACAUCUAGAGUUAUGGCCCUUGUUUCACUUUGUUGCUUCUUGUGAACACUCUAACAACAAAAAUUAUCAACCGAUCUGUAUGAAAUUUAUAUGCAUCAUUUAAAUUAGUAAAAAAAAGAAGCCUAUUGAAUUUCAGCAAUUUCCGUUAAUUACAUCUAGAGUUAUGGCCCUUGUUUCACUUUGUUGAAUCUUGUGAACGCUCUAAUGACAACAGUUAUCAUCCGAUCUGUUUGAAAUUGACAUGCAUCAUUUAAAUUAGUGAAACGAAGAAUCCUAUUGAAUUUCAGCAAUUUCCUUUAAUUACGCCGUGAGUUAUGGCCCUUGUUUCACUUUGUUGUACUUUGUUUAUGCUCUAACGACAAAAGUUAUUAUGGCCCUUGUUUCACUUUGUUGUACCUUGUUUAUGCUCUAACGACAAAAGUUAUUAUCCGAUCUGCAUGAAAUUCAUAUGCAUCAUUUAAAUUAGUGAAAUGAAGAAGCCUAUUGAAUGUCAGCAAUUUUUGUCAAUUACUUCUAGAGUUAUGGCCCUUGUUUUAUUUUGUUGAACCUUGUGAACGUUCGAACGACAAAAGUUAUCAUCUGAUCUGUAUGAAAUUGAUAUGUAUUAUUUGAAUUAGUAAAACGAAAAAGUCUCUCGAAUUUCAACAAUUUCUGUAGAUUGCUUCCAGAGUUACAGCCCUUGUUUUAGUUUUUAAAACCUUGUGAACCCUCAAACGACGAAAAUUAUAAUAUCAUCUGUAUGAAAUUACCUACAAAAGAACAAAUAUACGACAACUCUUGUCGACCGCUUGGACGAUUUAGUUGCUGUGGGCGUAUGUUUAGUUGCCUGGCAGCCUAUCUUUCUCAAUCUGAUUAAAAUACAGAUCUAUAUUUCGUUUCAUUUAUUUAUACUUUCGAUGGCGAUCGGUCACGUCAGGGGUCAAAAGACCGACUUUUGACCUAUGACGUCAGACAUUUGAUUAACCAAUCAGCAUUGAUGUUACUAGUGGAUAACCCACAGUUCCGAGCAAAAAAGGUCAAACACUCAAUUCGACAGACCAUUUGAUUGGCUGACCCCUUAUUUCAAGCAGAACACAUGUUAAAUAACAAGUCUUCCAGAUCCAAGUGUAGUAAAGACAAGUAAAACAAAAUUUUGAACUAUAAAAACAAAACGAAAUAGGAUCUGUGUUUUAACCAGACUGGAUUUUGCUGGAUGACAUUUAGCAUAAAUAUUGAAAAAAGUUUUUCUUUACAUGUUAUGUACCAUAUUUUAUUGCUUAAUGAUGAUAAAAUAGCAAUAAAUAAUGUUAAAAACUC